AUGCCGAGGCUCCGGAGGGAAAUCGCGAUUAAGUUCGUCGCGGCCUUUUUGGUCUUCUGCUUCGCCGAAUGCGCUGCUGGGUCCUGCCUAAAUUACGGACACGCCUGUUGGGGAGCUCACGGAAAACGAAGCGGUACUUCCCGGGAUACCGAAGAGGUCCCGGUUCCCAAUAACCUACAAACCAGAUGGUUCUUGUCCAAAUUGAUACAGGGCCCAGUGGAUUUUCGUUACCUAAGAGACGAUUUCGAUGGCGGCGCCAAGCUCGGCGGGGACCGUUUGUUCCCGGACGAAGAAAUGGAGAAUCCCACGGGGGACAUGAGGUUGCGUAAAAAUGCGGAUCAGAUAUUCGAAGACAGCUUUUUAAAUGGAGUCGAGAGCAACAGGAUACGAUUACCCAAAGUUUUGGACAAGCGAUCAACGAAAUUGAAUUAG